GUUCAGCAAGGUGCCAUUUGCUCCGAUCGGCCAAUUGCUUCAACAACCAGUAAAAUUUUCAACUCUAACCAGCGGACAAUAGCAUCCAGCUCUUAUGGUCCCACGUGGCGGCUCCUUCGUCGAAACCUCAUCUCAGAAAUGCUCCAUCCCUCUCGCAUCAUCAAGUCCCACUCCAAGAACCGAGCUUGGGUACUAGGCAUACUCAUUCAAAAGCUCCUUCUUGCUCAUGAAUCAGCCGCAGCUGAUUCUGCCACGGAAGCGAUCAUGUUACUUGAUCAUUUUAAGUAUGCCAUCUUCUGUCUCCUUGUCCUCAUUUGCUUCGGGAAUAAGCUCGAUGAGUUUCAAAUAGAGCAAAUUAAAGACGCACAACAUCGAGCACUUAAAAAUUUUCACCGUUUCAGAAUACUAGAUUACUUUCCUGAAUUUUUAGGAAAAACAAUAUUUAGAAAACGCUGGAAAGAGCUCAUUGAACUACGAAAAGAGUUGGACGGGGUCUUCAUCCCUCUGAUCCAAGAUCGGGUGAAAUACAAAUUAGAAGCAGUGGGAGCGCCUAAACCUGGAGUUGAUCAUCAUCACAAAGAAGAGGAGGAGCUGGAAGCCGAUAUUGCUUAUGUUGAUACGCUGGUGAAUUUGGAAUUGCCAGAAGAAAAGAGGAAGCUCAAUUACCAAGAGAUGGCCAGCCUCUGCGGCGAGUUCCUUGCUGCCGCCAGCGAUACGACAUACACCGCCUUGCAGUGGAUUAUGGCAUGCUUGGUAAAGUACCCUUCCAUUCAGGAAAAAUUGUAUAAAGAAAUAUGCCAAGUUGUGGAAUCAACACCAUUGUUACAAUCAAUUAAGAACAAUAAGGUGAUAGAGGAGGCAGUGAAGGAGGAGGAUUUACAGAAAAUGCCAUACUUGAAAGCAGUGAUUUUGGAAGGUCUUAGGCGACAUCCACCAACUCACUUUGUUCUGCCACAUAGGGUAACAGAGGAUAUGGAGUUGAACGGCUAUGUUAUACCCAAGAACGCUACCAUCAAUUUUAUGGUGGGGGAAAUGGGCUUGGACCCAAAUGUGUGGGAUGAUCCAAUGGAAUUCAAGCCAGAGAGAUUCUUGGUGGAUGGAGAUGGAACUCUUCAAGAGUUUGAUAUAACAGGAAGUCGAGAGAUCAAGAUGAUGCCAUUUGGUGCAGGGAGGAGAAUAUGCCCAGGCUAUGGCUCUGCUAUGCUCCAUUUACAGUACUUUGUGGCUAAUUUGAUUUGGCAAUUUGAAUGGAAGCCUGUGGAGGGAGAUGAAGUUGAUCUAACAGAAGGGUCAGAUUUCACCGUUACAAUGAAGAAUCCAUUGCGAGCUCGCAUCAGUCCCAGGUGUUGUACGGGGAGCUUAUAGAAACCACAAGUACCAUUCAGUUUAAUUUCAUAAUUCGGUAACCAAAUGAAAGGGUGUUUUGGCUAAUGAUGUUUCUAUACAGCACCAUUUUGUUUCAUACUAUUAUGAAGAUGUCUUUUUGGUGUUUCAA